AUAACGCAGCUGACUGAUUAGCACAUCACAGGAUCCUCGUGAAGCAUGCUCUUACAUAAGUGGAAAUGCUAUCCCGUUAGCAUUGUAGGGGCUCUCAGCAUCGUUUCCAGUCUGCUCUACUUCACAAUAUCCUUUGUCCGUUGCAGCGAGCUCAACAAAACAAAGUAUUCUUUCAUGAUACACGCAACCUCUCACUGCUCUCGUAUGCCAGUCCUUCGUGUCUGCACCGGCAUUCCUCCACUGCAUCUUUAGAGUGACAGUCUACUGCUACGUUGACUUCACUAUGCCUGGAAUUAGGCAAGAUGUCGAAGUGAAUGACAAAUUUCAGGUCCUGGUAGAUUCGCUCAAUGAAAUACUCGGGCCUAGCUCCGGCAUAAACUCCGAAGAUGUUGACGAGACCGAACUUCAAGAGUUAAUGAAUAGCUACGUCUCUAACGAGUCGGAGUGGGGAAAGUUUGCCUUUAAAGACGGUUCUAGAUCCUACACGCGCAAUCUAGUGGACAAGGGGAAUGGAAAGUGCAACUUAUUGAUUCUUGUUUGGACACCGGGGAAAGGGAGCCCUAUCCAUGACCACAACAACGCUCAUUGUAUCAUGAAAGUCUUGAAGGGUCGAUUAAAGGAAACACAAUAUUCAUGGCCAACCGUCCAUCUCAACAAUUCUGAAGACUCUGCACUCAAAGUUAAUAAUGAAACAAUCUACCACGAGAAUGAAGUCACAUACAUGUCCGACAAACUGGGUCUACACAAAGUCUCGAAUCCAGACUCCUCUGGGUAUGCUGUUUCACUUCAUCUCUAUACGCCCCCAAAUGUCGCAGUGUACGGAUGCCACGUCUUCGACGAAAAAACCGGAACUCCAUCGCACCGGAAACAAUGCGGGUUUUUCUCCGAGUAUGGGGUCUUGAACCCAGCGCGUCCGAUGUAGGGUUAGCCAUCCAUCCUCCUGGACUUUAAAUCUCCUCGGUGUUUUGGUGCCGGCGCAUUUGCAACCGGCGGGCAUCUAUUCUUCGGCAUUCUAGAUUUUCCUUGUCCUUUCAAAGGUGCCAUUGGGUAACGUACGCAUGAAUGUUCAUGGCGUUUGAGUGUCUUCGAAACCUGGGUCACAGAGACGUAGAUUGCACGGGUUUAGGUAAAGUCAUAUUUUGUCAAGUGAAUCGAACGUCCGAGAGAACUCUGCUUUCAAUAUUUGUAAAGGGACGAGGCCGGAUGUCAGUUUUGGUUUUGAUGCUAUUAGGUAGCUGCCCGAAUAUAAACAGGGUCCACCAUCGACUCCUGUGAGUUUUGCAAUGAAAAGUUGGUCCCACUAG